GAGGCUCAGCAGCCACACACCGCUGCUCCCCGCUUCCCACCUGCAGGCCUACGUGUUGCUGAACAGGGAGAUCGCCCUCACGUCCGCAGACUCCUUGGAACAUUACUAAUACAUUUUUCAACUCACUUGUCUCCGUCUGUGGCUCCUCCCCGCACUCAUUAAAUGCCCGCUCGGCGCUUCAGUCUGUGCAGUUGAAGGCAGUCAUGACCGAGGGGCUGUAAGGUUGGACUUCUAUCAUCUUGACAGCAAGCAAAAACAUCUGAGCUCUUCUUUUCGGGCACUCUCACCAUCCAAGAAGCCUCAGCUAUGAAGACCAUUCUUGCUGCAUACUCAGGCGUCCUCAAAGGUACCGGCUCCAGCAUCCUCUCUGCCCUGCAGGACCUGCCAUUGGCUUUUUGGCCCUGCAGAUCCAAGAUGGAGAAACAUCUGCAGGUCAUCUCUGUGCUGCAGUGGGUCAUCAGCUUCUUAACCAUGGGUGCUUGCUGCACUCUGCUGUUGAUCUACAUGUUCUGCACUGACUGCUGGCUUAUCGCUGCCAUUUAUACCGCCUGGCUCAUCGUUGACUGGAACACCCCGAAACAAGGCGGCAGGAGGUCCUCUUGGGUGAGGAACUGGACAGUGUGGACAUAUUUCCGAGACUACUUCCCAGUCAGGCUAAUUAAAACCCACAACUUGCUGCCCAGCCGGAACUACAUAUUUGGCUACCAUCCCCAUGGCAUCUUCUGUUUCGGUGCUUUCUGCAACUUUGGGACGGAGGCCACAGGCUUCUCCAAGAAAUUCCCAGGCAUCAAGCCCUCCCUGGCCACCCUGGCAGGGAACUUCCGCUUGCCCGUCCUUCGGGACUACCUGAUGUCUGGAGGAAUCUGCCCAGUGAACAAGAACUCUAUCGACUACCUGCUGUCUCGAAACGGGACGGGAAACGCUGUGGUCAUCGUCGUGGGAGGAGCAGCAGAGUCUCUGCACUGUGCACCGGGCAUGAAUUCUGUCACCCUUAAAAAUCGUAAAGGCUUCGUGAGGGUGGCCUUACAGAAAGGGGCUGACUUGGUUCCAGUGUAUUCCUUUGGAGAAAACGAUGCCUACAAGCAGGUGAUCUUCGAGGAGGGGACCUGGUGGAGAGCUCUCCAAAAGAGGUUACAGAAGAUCUUAGGCUUUGCCCCGUGCGUUUUCCAUGGAUGUGGCCUCAUCUUUGGCAACUCGUGGGGCAUCGUACCAUAUUGCAAGCCAAUCACCACCAUAGUUGGGGAACCAAUCACAGUGCCAAAAAUUGAGGAUCCAACUGAUGAGAUGGUGGAUCUGUACCAUGCAAUGUAUGUUAAGUCCCUGCAGUGCCUUUUUGACAAGUACAAGACCCGCUUUGGCCUGAAAGAAAGUGAUCCCCUGUACAUUCAGUGAAAGAACAAAGGGGGCCCCAUGGAAGCUCUGAACAUGGAGAACUGUGGAAACAUCUUCAGACCCCUCUGCCCCCCUUCCCCUCCCUAUCCCUGUCCAAUCUUGGUGCCCAGUUUGGAUCAUCUUUGGAUUCCAAACUCUACACCUGAGCACAUUUGCUAAAGAAACUUUUGCUUUCUGCGUUGUCUCACACAUACACACAAACACUGGCAUAGUUCCCUCUCAGGAAAUGGCAGGGUUGAAGAAAUAGAGGCCUCUCCCUGCUGCUGUCACCAGGUUAAACAGUCUUGGUUGGACCAACAGACAAGUUUCACUGAAUCCCACAUCAAAAUGUGCCUUUUGUAUCUAUUUUUAUUUUUCAGUGAAGGCAUCAAGUUUGGGCUGUCUUAUCAGUGCAGAGGGGGCUCCACUAGAUGGAGCUGGAAGGUAACAUGCAGGACUGCCAAAAGAAGUGCCAAUGUUUUCGUUAACUCAUUCAUUCAAGUAAUUCUCCCUUUUAUGAUCCUAUUAUAUGCUAAACGCACAAACAAUGCAAAUGAAAGGUACUACUUUAUUAAUGGGAUAAUGAGCCCAAAGGUUAAUUGUGCCAAAGACCUAUGUUGUCCCCUCACACACAUGUGUUUCUAAUGCAUGAAAGCUGAAAAUGAAGGAAUUCUACUCGGUAGAUUCAUAUUGUGAAUGCACAAUACAUGUGCCUGUGAUUGUAUGAUGCCAUAAAGUAUUAAUUGUAUUCUGCAGAGAGGAAAAAAAAGCCCAUUUUAGUGCUUGUCUCUAAAUGAAUAUUUCUGAUGCACUUUUUGUAUUGCUGAUUACCUUCUGAGGUUUUUUUUGUCUCAAGAAAAAUGCCUUUGAUAUGAGAAUUAUCCAAGACGGUCGUUGUGCUGCUUGGCUUGAUUUUCCUUUCUUGUCCUACUGGUGUCCAGGUCUGGAUGGGUGUGUCUUUUCUAUGCAGUGAAAACUACAGCAAUGUCUUGUAUCUUCAACUGUUUUGGGAAGUUUUUAGCUGCAUUUGAAGAAGAUCACGUAGUUUUGUGGGUGAAAAUCCUGAUGUUUGAUGAUUCCAGUGUACAGUGGAUCUCUUUGUAUCCGUGCCAAGGGUGAUAAUUGAAAAGGAAAGAACGACAGACAAUAAUGCCUUAUUGCUGGUAAUAUAUUAUAUUUGAGGGUGUCACUUGUACUUAUUUAAAAUAAGAGUAUGUGGGUGUGGGAUAUAUACUGGGAAUCAUCAAAAUAAGUGAGCUUGUGUCAUGUUAUGAAGGUGGAUGGUGAAUUAUAAGAUUGUCAUUGUCAGAAGAAUGUCCUCCGGUUUCACCGUUGUGACUUAUAAAGAGCAGUGUAAUCCCUGUGCAAUAAAUUUGCAAGCAAUAAACAGAGUGAGACCUGUCUAUAUGAUGAAUGACAUCAUCUGCCUGCCGAUAUUUAAAUUAAACUUUUGUAUGUUUUCAGACGGA